AGAGUAUAUUACUUUACUUAAUGGCUACAAAGACAACACACUUAGUUGAUUUUCUUCUCUCUUUGCUUCUUCUGCUCUUAUUGAUCUCCCUUCAAGUUGGAGCCGCCGAGGCUACCAAUCGCAACCAACGUCAAAGACGGGCUUUGGUGUCCCUUCUCCCUCCUAGAGCUCCUAUCUAUUUGCCACCCUCUAAAUCUCGCAGAGGAAAAGGUAACAAAUUGCGUUUGGAUUGCGUUCCCGCGUUCCCCUCUUCCUCUGCCUCCUCAUGUUCCCAUGUAUCACCCGCCGUCUAAAUCACGCAAAGGUUACAUUAUGUAUGAACAACGUUGCUUGGAUGUAUCUGUGGCAAAAAGUCCCAUAUAUUAAACAAUUUAUUUUCUCCACAUGUAACCGAUAAGAGGUCAAAGAUUACAUUAUGUAUGAACAACGUUCACAUAUAUGAUCAUCUUGGACUUGUACGUUAUAUAAUAACUAGUAUUUUGCCCCGUGCGCUAUGCACCGGACAUUGAUAGACCAUACUUUGUAUUAUUAACCCAUAUUUUAUACAG